GCUUGCCCACUGGCAGGGAGCCUGGGCUGAAGCAUCCACAGCCUCCCGCCCGGCCCCAGGGCCACACCGCCGCCAUGUCGGAGCUGGAGAAAGCCAUGGUGGCCAUCAUGGAUGCUUUCCACCGGUACGCGGGGAAGGAGGGCGACGAGCACAAGCUGAAGAAAGCGGAGCUGAAGGAGCUCCUCAACCACGAGCUCCCGCACUUCCUCGGUGAAAUCCAUGACCAGGAGACAGUGGACAAAGUCAUGGAGGCGCUCGACAGCGAUGGGGACGCCGAGUGCGACUUCCAGGAGUUCGUGGCUUUUGUGGCCAUGGUCACGGCCGCCUGCCACGCGUCCCUGGAGCAGGAGUGAGGCGCGGCCACCUCAGAGGGCCGUGGCUGGCAGCGCAGGGGCAGCUGCUCCA